AUGUCUCGCACGUCAAUUGAGCUCGUUCCGCAAGUCACCUAUCCAGCCUCCGUAGCUCUGCCAGCCCCGACCGCAAACACUGGAUCCACCUACUCAAUCGCAACGCGCCAGUCUGAAUCAAAUGAUGACGAUCGACGCACUCUUACAGAGGUAGUCUCUGCCGGGCGGAAAGACCUCUCAAAGGGGACAACGGCAGUGGUCAUCACCUCGGUGACAUGUAUCACUGGGAUUAGUAGCCUUCUAGCGGGUUUGGUUACGGUUGGGCUUCCUACGAUUGCAAAAGAUUUGAAUAUACCACCGGCUCUUGAGUUAUGGCCCGCCUCCAUCUACGCCCUGACAUGCGGUUGUACGCUCCUCUUAUCCGGCGCUGUCGCCGACGUAGUCGGCUGCCGUAUCAUGUAUCUCAUCGGAUGCGUCUUACAAUCCGUCUUUACGCUGGCGUGCGGUCUCUCCAAGAACGGCACCCAGCUGAUCGUGUUCCGAGGGUUGGCGGGCAUCGCUAUAUCGUUCUGCCUCCCAUCGGCCGUCAGUAUCAUCACCAACACCCUACCUGAGGGGAGGCCGAGGAACAUUGCUUUCGCAGCCAUGGGCGGAGGGCAACCCAUCGGAUUCUCCCUGGGUCUGGCACUCGGGGGUGUCUUCGCCGAUAGUAUAGGUUGGGAAUGGGGAUUCCACAUUGCCGCCAUCAUCAACAGCGUGAUCUUCGUCGUGGCGUUAUGGGGUUUGCCCAAGAAUAUUGGUGAGGCAGCCGCUGUAAGCUGGCAGCGCCUGGCUACCGACGUUGAUUGGAUGGGCGCCGCCCUUGCCAGCAUCUCGUUGGCCAUGUUUUCCUACGUCCUUGCCACCCUAUCCAGCAGUACCUCAAACAUCAAAGUCCCCACCAACAUCGCUCUCCUCACCACCGCCAUCCUCCUCGUCCCCGCUUUCAUCCUCUGGGUCGGUCGCCAGGAGCGCCUAAACCGGCCCGCGCUGAUCCCCAACUCCCUAUGGCGGAACCGCGUCUUCACAGCGAUCUGCAUCGCCGUCUUCCUAACCUGGGGCGCGUUCAACGCCGUCGAGAACAUCCUCACCUUCUACUUCCAGUACGUGCAGCAGAUCAGCGCAAUCCAGACCUCUCUACGAUUUCUCCCCGCCCCCGUCUCCGGCGCGCUCACAAACCUCGUCAUGGGGCUCGUCGUGCACCGCAUGCGCGCCGACUGGGCCGUGUCCAUCGCCACGGCGGUCAGCUGUGUCGCGCCGCUGGUGAUGGCAGUCGUGAACCCGCAGUGGAGCUACUGGACCGCGCCAUUCUGGGCGGUUUUCUUGAACCCGAUUGGCGCGGACACGUUGUUUACGAUCUCGAACCUGCUUAUCACGUCCGUCUUUCCGUCGAAGACGCAGGGGUUGGCGGGCGGUGUGUUCAACACGAUUGCUCAGAUCGGGAAGAGCGUGGGGCUUGCGACUAGUGCGGUCGUUGCUGCUAGUGUUACGGCGCGUAUGAGGGAGGGCGGGGACAAGGUGGGAGAGGGACAUGGGGGAGCGUCGCCGGAGAGCCUGAUGGUUGGAUAUAGAGCGACAUUCUGGUAUGUGUUCGCGCUCGGGAUAGCAACGCUGGCGGUGAGUAUUUGGGGGUUGAGAAAGAUCGGAAAAGUGGGCGUCAAAAGAGAGUAG